GUGAAAGGAACUAAUGGUGCUUUAAUUUUUUUUUGUUAAAGACCAAUGCAAGUAUCAAAAAUCUCUCUUACUUUACACUGGCGUAUCAAUGAUUUUUAACCUUUGCGGCUGUCGCUUUUCAAAACAAAAUAAGAUUUCGAUUGCGCAUUUUACAUAACCAAAAUUAUGCCGAAGAGCGAAAUGAAAAUUUUCAAAACAAACUUUACGUGUGACUCUUUUGAGAAUUCACGUGUUAGCUAUAAACACUUGCGACAUGACUGAUGAUAUAAAUUUGGAUAUGUCCCUAGAUAAAUUUAAACUGUGGAGUACAAACGCCUUAAAAUCUUUUCUACAUGUAAGAAACAAAAUCACUGAUGGAUCCUUUGAAGAACUAACUGCCAGAGCUUAUGCAGCUUGGUGUGAUAACAUUGAUGUUGACCCUGAACUUGAACAGAGAGAGAGAGACGUUUUGGAGGAGUAUCGUAGUAAACUGACGUUGAAAGAUACCGUAUUUGACGACCCCCUUGUUUUAAAAGACGGGUGGAUUGGAGAGCACAGUAAAAGUGGCAUUAACUCGUGGCCUUCGUUAAAUUAUCUUGACAUAGCAAACUACAUCGGCUUGAAACAGCCUGAUUUUCUAAGGUGUAUGCAAAGUGAUUACAAGCAAGGGAAAUCGUUCACAUAUUUCGCAUGUCAGUUUGUUCGUGAGAUAUUUAUAAAUACAAUAAGCGAAGACUCAAAAUAUUGUAUGUUGAAAUGUCGCGUAGUUCCUUCGCAAAGAGUCAACAACAAACCCUACUUUGUUUGGGCAAUAAUUGUAAAAGAUACUCCAAGUCGACCUGGUGGACAAAUCAUAAGUGCUUAUUGCUCGUGUACCGCUGGACUUUAUGGUGCAUGCAAUCAUAUAACAGCUAUGUGUUUCUGCAUUGAAUACGCAGUAAAAGCGGGCAUGACUAAUCCUAGCAGGACCAGUACAUUAUGUACAUGGAACGUCCCUUCAGGAACGAAAGUAAAUACAAAAGCUGAAGAGAUUAGUGAAAUACAUUUCGAUAAACCACACUACAUGAAAGAUCACGAGGCUAGUCAAAAAAUUAUCGAAACUAAAGCAAAGUUUAAGUUAUUUUCACCAUCUGAUCCCAGUCGUCUAAAAAAGCUUCAAAAUAAAGAUAACAUCAGAACAGAACUAUUCGCAGUUAUUAAAGACGACAUCAAGGGCAGUACCUUGUGGGAAUGUAUGGAAGGCAUUAGCAUAUCUAGAGAGGCAGAGAAAAUGAACUCAAACAAAACAACUUUGUUAACUUUACCCGCCGAAGCAGAAACGUUUUUAGAAAAUAGGAAAAUAGACAGCGACCAAAAUAUUACUUCAUUCAAAAAAAGCCUUGUUUAUACUGAUGAACAUAUUAGAUAUCUCAAUGAGGCAACAAAAAAUCAAAAUCAAAGUUCAGAAUGGCACAGUCAUAGAAAGGGUCGAAUCACUGCAUCGAAUUUCCACAGAGUAUUUACAAAAACUACCACACUUCAAUCAACAAAAAAAACAGUUUCCGCUGAUGCUUUAAUUUCGGACCUCAUGGGGUAUAAAGACAAUCCUACAACACAUGCAUUAAAACAUGGAACAUCUUUAGAGCCACAUGCAAAAAGAAAAUAUCAACUUUUAAAUAAAAAAAAACAUAAAAAAUUUAAAACACAAGACUCUGGUCUUGUUGUAUUGAAGCAAUAUCCUUAUAUAGGUGCAUCUCCUGAUUUGCUUGUAGAAUGUGAAUGCUGUGGAGCAGGGUUAGUAGAAAUAAAAUGCCCGUUUUCAAUCAAAGAUCAAAUUCCCACUAGCAAUAAUCUCUCUUAUUUACAUGAAGUUACAGACGAAUUAGGAGCUAGGGUGACAUUAAAAAAGAACACCAGUUACUAUUUUCAAAUUGAAGGGCAAAUGGGUAUAACAGGCCGGAGCUACUGUGACUUUUUUGUUUAUACCCACCAUGGAUAUUUUCAAGAGAGAAUUCCAUUUGUUGAAGACUUUUGGACUGCUUUAUUAGAAAAACUAGAUUUUUUCUGGACGCACUACAUAGCACCUGAAUUAUUACAUAAAAAUAUUAUCAAUAAAGGUUCAACUAUAUGUUCUACUUCGAAAAAUAGUGAAGAUAACGAAAACCAAAAGAAAAAUGAGUACACCACUUCCAUAAAUAAUGUAAAUAUCAUUCCUAUAGCAUCUUCAACAUCUAACUUAAUUAUUGGAGAAACUCCAAAAAGAAAAAUGAAAAAAUCAGAGCCUACAUUUCAAACGCAUGUUAACAAUAAAAUAACAGUGGAUUGCAAUAAAAUAAAAGUAGAACCUCCUAAUUCAAAAGUAAAAACUAAUACAAUGUUAACAUCACCAGUGGAUUUUGUUAUUGCAGCAAAAGAAACAAUAUCAACUAAUACAAGUGUCAUAAAUGUAAACAACAAAAAAACGAUUAAAAAGAAUCUCACUAAACUAUUACCAACAAAAAUUGUAAAUGUAACAGAUGAGCAGUGCACAAAGAAAAGAAAGAACAAAGAUAACUGUGACAACAAAAUCACCAGCAAGGCACCUAAAGUGGAAAAUAAAUAUUACUGUGGAUUGUGCAAAAAAGAACUCCCAUAUGCACCUAAAUCAUUUGACGAAAACAGUAUUGGUUGUGAUAAAUGUCCACUAUGGUAUCACUUUUUCUGUGUUCAAAUAAAAUCAGAGAAUGUUCCACCUAAAGAUGAAGAGUGGUUUUGUCCAAAUUGUAAAUAAAUUCUAAAACAAUGUGUAUAUAUAUACGUUAUAUAGCUAGGUUAUUUAUUAUAUAUAUUUACUUUCCAUAUAUCGGCUUUUUGAGGUUACAUAAGGCUGCACAAAUUAUAAUGAUGUCACAUAAGUGACAUAAAAGAGUUAUAGGAACUUCUUUUGCAAUGAGGUGAAACUUUUUCAAACGAGAAAUAACUUGUUCAACCAGAAUUCGCAACUUUGCAAUUUUAGUGGUUUUUCUAACAUCUGCUUGUGACAUUUGGCUCUGACCUCUUUUACCUGGUGGAACAAUUAUAUUGAUACAGCGAGCUGCACAUUCAUCAGCAAUAUUGAAUCCUUUAUCAACCAUUACAUCUGUAUAUGGUUCAACAAAGUCUAAGUAUCCAGAUUGUAUUGUUAAUUCUUUGUCAGAAAUGCAACCACUAUAUGCUUUGGAUAUAAAUGCUAUAUGAGAAUUAGGUAAAACUACAACCAAUAUUUUAGCAGUGUUAUGGUGCUUGUAACUAGACCAGGUUUGCCGUUGUGCUAUAUGAUUUUUGGGGGUCUGAAUGAAUAUUUCAGUACCAUCAGCUAUUGAAUGAAGAUUUUGAACAUCUCUGAAUCUUGGAGGUCUUGUAGCAGCAAUAUGUUCAUAAUCAGGAAAGUAAACAAAUGAUUUCAAUACACUUGCUGUUGCUUUUACCCAAGUUGCAAAUAUGCGACUAGAUAUAGUAGCAGAAAUACCAAAUCUUUGAGCUAAAUCUUGCCCUAAUAAUCCAAGCCUAAUUUUCAUUAGCAUUAACAGGAACUCAUCUUUGACACAUAACUUUGAUUUAGGACCAGAUUUAUUUGGUGUCCUUUUAUAUUUUCUAACUAGGGUAAUAUUGGUUUCUUUAAGUCCUCUCCAUUUACGUUUGACAUAUGGUGUAAUAUACGAACAUAGUUUAUCGAAUAAUAUUCUGGAAGUAAUUUCAGUAUAAAACAUAACAUCUUCAUCAGAAUUUAAUAGCAGCUCAUUAACAGGUUUCUUGCAUGUACAGUUUUUUACUUUCUCUUCCAGCUGUUUAUUCAUCCUGUUGAGAAUGUUGACCUUGUUAAGAAGAGCUUUAAUAGUCAGCUGCAACAGUAACUUUUCCUGUUUAUGUUGUGACGGGGCAUUUUCAACAGUGCGACAUUUUGCAAAAAUACAGAAAAAUGGUAAAUAACUACUCAAAAACAGGAACAUUUUGAACAGGUAGAAAUAACUAUGUGAAAUAAUUGGAAGACUAUAAACAGAAUUUAUUAAAUGUGCUUCCUUCUUGGUGAAUUCUAUUAGUGAUGCAAUCUGUAACUCUGUAACAUAUUUCUCCUUUGCAUUUUUUAAUGUGGAAACAGCAACUUGUAAAGGGGAUUCCAUUUUAUGUGAAGAUUUUAUCUGACGCAUAACUGUCUCAGCUUUUUGCUUACAAUUGUAACCCAUAUGCAAUGAUGGAAAUGGGUGACUAUCAGUAGGACUUUGUGAAACAAAGUGUUUGGAACAUACUCUAGAAGACUUUCCUGGAGACCACAACUUGUUCCUUUUUACUGCAUCCAUACGAUUUAUCAUCUGUAGCCAGAUUUUCCUCAUCAUACAAUCCUUCUUCUCAGUUGGAAAUGGAAACAAUCUAUUAAAAAUAAAAGUUUAUAUGCAUUAUGGCUAUGCAGCUUUAGUAGCUCUAGCUAGCUGCUAUACAUUAGCUGUAGCUAGAAUAGAAAUAAAACACUCCUUUUCCUUCAACUUCAAUCAGUUUCUUUCAAUAAAAUACUAAAAAUGUAUGUAAAAAAUGCUUACGUAAAAGGUGGUUCGCAAGAACAUUGACUUUCACUAUGACAUACUUUAUGAACGUUGCAUAUUGAUUUACGCCAUUUUGUUAAUAAAUAAUCGCCAUUAUUACAUCCUGUUACGGCACAGUGUCGAGACAUUACAGCUAAUUUGAUGAACUUUCGAUUAGAGUAUCAAUUUUCCAAUAUUGCUAAAUGUUUUUGACAGGGUUUUAAAGUUUGGUCUUCUGGUGAAAUGCAGUGUUUACCUACCAAAAUUCUACCAUUAUGAAUUUCGUCAUUUAUGAAGAUGCGCGCGCAUGAUUUUUUGAAACCGGAAAGUUGUGUAUUAGAUAUAUCUAUAUAUUCAAUAUUAUGUAUAAAAAACUAAAUCUAUAUGGAAAUACAAGGCUAUAAAUUUCACUGUUAACAAUACAAGAGCAACUUAUAAAGAUACAAAUUUUAAUUUUCAUUAAUUUUUUAAAUUUAAACUUAGGCAUGAAAGUGAGCCUAAUUCAUGCACUUUAAUGUUAAAAAACUGUGAAAAAAAAAUUAAAAUGUCGCACAAUUUUUAAACACGUUCAAAGAAAAGCUGCACGUUCCAGAAAGUAACCAUUACAAACCAGAUUUAAACUCCACAUGAACUGUUCAGUUGGGCAAAAGAGAACAUAAAAGGUCUCAAAGGUUAUGUCAUCUAGAUAUUUCAGUGUUGCUAUGAUCCUGGCUUUCGAAGUACAGGUUCGAAGUGACAUCUUCAAGCCUAUCAAUAAGGGAUGAGCGAUCGCUCUGGUGCAUUCUGAGAAAGGGGAUAAUAGCUGAGCUAUUAACUGUUCCCUGGUUUACAAAAUGUAUGGCUAGCUAAGCGAUCUUGAUUUCCAAACUUAGCAGUCUAAUUUUUUUUCUAAUUCGUUUUUUCAUUAAGAUUAACAUGGAACAUACAGUUGACUCUCUCUAUCUCGAACUCGCAAGGGACCAGAAAAUUUGUUCGAGAUAGAGAAAGUUCGAGAUAGAGAAAAAUUGACAAAAAUUGGAUUUUUUCGUAAAUUUGUCCAGCCAACCAUCGGAAGCCUUGAAACUUGAACAAUCAAAGUUUUUAGCAAAACUGAGUGCCUUUUCUUUUAUCAAAUUGCCAUCGAUCGGAAUGUUUUGGCUUCUUUGAACAGUAAACCAUUUGAAAACAGCCUUGUCUAUCUGCUCAUAAUCACAGCCUCGAACCUUUUUCGAACCAGACGCGGUUUUUUGUUCUUCCAAGCUUUGUAGGAUCUUAUGUUUUUUUUUCAUCCAAGUUGAAAUUGUAUUUUUGGGGAUCCCGUAUUUUUCUGCUGCCUCCUUGUUUGACAUUCCUUUCUCGAUUUCCCGAAUUAUUUGACAUUUUUGAAUUAAAGAAACGUUAUUGAGUUUUCUUUUUAAAGCCGACAUCUUCACCUCAAGAAGGUUUCUGGUUCAAAACACUGUAAACAAUGUUUUGUGAGUGACUUUAGAAUUCGAACGUCAAACAUUUUCGUUCGAAAAUGGAACAUUUUAAUUCGAUUUUUAGUGUAAAUAGGUUCUUAAAUCCGGAAAAGUUCGAGAUAGAGAGAGAAACAGUCAGACGGGACCGAGA